AUGCAGACGAGGACGCGCAAGGAAAAGAACUUCUCCCAGACCGAAGCCGAUUUGCCGAGAAUCUCGCAACACACAUCCUUCAAACUGCUUGACCCGACCAUGACCAAGCUGACAGCCUCCUCGAAGCUGAGCGACCUGCUAUCCUACCUCGGCCCCUACAACCCGCGCCCGAUCCCCAUCACCGAACACGAUGUCGUCUGGCUCUUCGACAACAUCGCCUUCCGGGGAGAAGGCGGGGAUUGGCAGGCCGAGUUCCUCGCCGCAGUCUUCGCCCAGCACUCUUCGUGUAAGGUCAUCGACGUCGUAUCGGAGGUGGCCGACAAGAUCGGGCUCGCCAACGGCGAGCGGGACGAGGCGACAAUCGAGAAGAGGAUAAUACCGUUCCUCAUGGACGUCCAGCCGGGCAGGGUCGUCAACGCUGUCUUUGGGCACCACAACGUCCUCAAGCUGGGGCCGGGCGGGAGGAAUGGCAUCAGCAGCGACAUAAAACUGCUGCCCGCUGCCCACCCUGGCGAUGUCGUGACCACGGUCGCGGACGUCCCCGAGGGGGCAAACGGGCUCCUGAAGAUGAAGACGCUAUACACGGACCCAGAGGGCUGGGCGGUAAUCUCAGGCACGUAUUGGCACGUCGACGACACGAUCAAGGUCACCCAGACCAGCGAUCCCAUCGGCAUCCUGCGGUCGACCUUCGUCUCCAAGCCGGUGCCAAUAACGGGGAUGCCGGAGCUGUAUGCCUACAUCCAGAAGGUGCUGGCUCCCAAGUCCCCUUUCUUCUACCUCUCAGCCUCGCCAUACAACCUCUACCCGUUCCUGCACGACUUCCGCGAACAGUACUACCCGUUCGGGCAGCUGGUGAUGCGUGACUCCAACUGGAUGAGCAUCCCGGGCCUUCUCGCCAACCUGACGAUGGGCACCGAGGAGUACAAGGUCGACCGGAUGCGCAAGCUGCACUCGUGGCUGCCGCGCAAGAAGGUGGUGUGCAUCGGCGACUCGACGCAGAGCGACCCGGAGGCGUACGGCGACGUGUACCGCGAGUUCCCGGGCUGGGUGCACGUCAUCCUGAUCCGCAAGGUUACCGACAUCGCGUCGGUUGGCAUCGCGGCCAAGAACGAGCCGGAGCGAUUUGAGAAGGCGUUUGAGGGCGUCCCGCGGUCGGCCUGGCACGUGUUUGAGGACCCGGCGGAAUGCUACAGGAUUAGGUCUGUCGUCUCGGCCGCAAUUCGAGCUUCUUCGUCCAUUCUCCGCCAAUCUCGCCCCCUCCGCCAUCCGAAUCCAAAUCCGAAUCUCACUUCCACUCCGAAUCCGAACCCGCACCACCCCCAACGUCACCUCCGCCCCCUUCCCCCUCGACCCCGCCCAAUGGCGCCAACCACCCCCUACGAACUUAUCUACUGGCCCGGCAUUCCCGGCCGCGGCGAGCACGUGCGCCUCGCCCUCGAGGAAGCCGGCGCGACCUACACCGACACAGCGCACACCAAGGACGGCGUCAACACGGUCCUAGCGCACAUCAAGGGCGAGAUCCCCGACGACGGCAUCAACCCCCCUGCCUUCGCUCCCCCGAUCCUCAAGCACGGCGCCCUCGUCAUAAACCAGACGCCCAACAUCCUCCUGUACCUCGGCCCACGCCUGGGACUCGUGCCGGGCGGGAACGACGACGCCGCCAUCUACCGCGUCAACUCGCUCGUCCUGACGGCCCUCGACGGCCUCAGCAACGAGCCGCACGACUGCCACCACCCCGUCGCCACGGGCCUGUACUACGAGGACCAGAAGGCCGAGUCCAAGCGCCGGGCCGCCGACUACGUCCAGAACAGGCUCCCCAAGUACCUCGGCUACUUUGAGCGCGUGCUCGCGUCAAAGUCCAGCGGGGACGGGCCGUGGCUCUACGGCGGGGCGCUGUCGUAUGCGGAUCUGGUGCUGUUCCAGUGUACCGACGGUGUCAAGUUCAUGUUCCCGAAGGCGAUGACGAAGCUGGAGAAGUCCGGUGACUACUCGCGUGUUUUUGCCCUGUACGACGCCGUCAAGGCACGGCCCAAGAUCAAGGAAUACCUCGCCAGCGACCGGCGGCAGGAGUACUCGAUGGGCAUUUAUCGGUACUAUAAGGAGCUGGAUAUCGAGGGCUGA